CACCGGAAGUCUUGAUUCUGGUCCCCAAGGCAAAUUUGGGUUGAGCUACACGCAUGCGCACUCUCCUGAUCUACAUAAAUCAAUCCUUGGUGGGCAUCUUGCGCUGAUUCUGCAACAUAUCAUCGACUGAUUCACGGUAAUUAAUCACAUCAUCGGUAUGGCAUCCAGUGGAUAUCUGCAGGCAGCGGUCCUCCUUCUGGCGGUCCAGCUCCUCUGUCUCGGUGCAGCUGAUGCGGAUCAGGAGACCGGGACUGUCAUCCCUGCCGAAAGUCGCCCAUGUGUGGACUGUCACGCUUUUGAGUUUAUGCAGAGGGCACUGCAAGAUCUAAAGAAGACCGCGUUCAACCUUGAUGCCAGGACAGAGAUGCUGGUGCUGAGGGCAGAGAGGAGGGCUCUGUGUGACUGUAUGCCCACCAACUCACUGCGCUGAACUCUGCACUUCACCGCCUUCACCGAGUACACCUGAGGACACUUCCACCUGUCAUCACCCCGAAAACAACCCCCUUAGAAAACCUCUACUCAUGCACAGCGAUCUUCAUCCUAACUUAUUUACACAAUAGGCACUUUAUUUUCUUUUUCGCUGAUAUCACUGUUGAGUGACUCUUUGAUUUGAAGUCAUGCAUCAUGAGGCAUGUUAUUGUUUUGCCUUAUUUGGGGCGACUUUUAUACCACUGAUGUUUUACAUUGUGAAACUGGACACAUGUCUGGGUUUGUUUGUCUCCCAACGUCAUAGGAUGUGGGUCAGUUCGCAUCUGUCUCCUAUGAAGCAUAAACUAUUUUUUGUACUUUUUAGUAUCGGACUGUAUAAUGUAGAUACAGUAGAAGGCAUCUGUACAUUUACUUGUUGAACAUGUUGUAUGAGAUUAAUGUUUAUGACAAUUAUACACAUUAAACUGUAGCAUCACAUUUGAUUUAUUUAACUGCUCAAAAUGUUUCAAACACUUUUUUAUCACCUAAUUAAAUUAGGAAUCAGCAAACUUUCACUGGUUAAAAUGAAUUGAUUUGCAGCCUGGCUUCUUUUGCAUAAAAAGGAAACAUACUUUUCUUUUUAACAAGAUUUUUUUUUGUAAAGAAAUGAUCUGCAGAAAGUUUACCAGAAAUUCAAAAAACAACAGUUUCAAAGGGUUUUUAAGGUGGAAAAAGCGUACUUGUAGGUCUUGAUUUAGCGCAGCACUGUAGCAUGAAUUUACAGCACUUUUUGUCAACCUACUGUUAAUAUAGAUUGUAUGUAUAUAUAAUGUAUAUGUACAUGUAAUGGAGGUGUCAACACACUUCUCUUGGGCAGAUAGAGGAUUGCUAGCUGCAGCAGGGGACACAGAGAUAGAAAUAAUAAUUGUCUUAUUGUUGCUUGUUUAUGAACAACGUACUUUGUUAACAUUAUGUCACAUGAUGCUCCAUUUAUUGUCUUAAUGUUGUACCUAUCAAUAAAAACAACAAAUGACCUUUA